GCAUCCAUGGCGUCAGCUACCACCGCAAUCCCCACCUUCCCUGCAACUUGGAAGAAGGCAAAGCCCAAGCUCCUCAGACCUCGCCGGCUGCAGGUCUCCGCGCACGUCGGCACGGUCGACCGGCGCCGGAGGCAACGGUUUCCGGGCAUCGAUACCAGGAUUCACUGGGAUAAUCCAGAGGAAGGAUGGAUAGGAGGGAAGACGGAGGCAAAGGACGAGGGCGAGAAGAAGGAAGACGUGAGGCAGAUGCUCAAUAAUCUGCUCAAGAACACCCACUCUUAUUAUGAGCUUCUGGGCGUAUCGGCUCAAGCCGACUCAGAUGAGAUCAGCUCGGCUUACCGGCGAUUGUCCAAGGAGUGUCACCCGGACACGACGACGCUUCCGGUGGCGGCGGCGUACGACAAGUUCGUGCAUCUACAGGAGGCUUUUAAUGUCUUGAGCGACGAAGCGAGUCGCCGGACAUACGACGACGGCCUGGCCAAGGAAGUCGCGAGUCGGCAAGCCGAAGCCAUGAAGCUGAGACUAGAGGACCCAUUUGAGCAAGAUGUGAGGGAUUGGCAGUCCAUACCUGACAUGGUUGAUAGGCUUGGAGGCAGGAACAUGAAGCUCAGUGAUCAAACUCUUUCUGCUAUCUCCAUUGAUCUUGUAGCCAUCCUGGUCUCAAUCUGCUGUAUGAUCUAUGCUCUCCUGUUUAAGGAGACCAUUUAG